AUGGACCACCGCCCGCAAGCUUGGGGUCGUCCCAGAGACGAUGUCUACGGUGCCUAUGAUGCUUCCUACCUCCACACCGACGGCCCCAAGACGGCGACACAAUCGCCCAUUGUUACCGGCACCUCAGUCAUCGCCAUCAAGUUCAAGGACGGCGUCGUCAUAGCGGCCGAUAACCUGGCCUCCUACGGCUCCCUAGCCCGCUUCACCGACGUCAAGCGGCUGCGGACCUUCCUCUCGACCUCAGUCGUCGGCUUCGGCGGCGACGUCUCCGACAUGCAGUUCCUCGACCGACACCUCAACGAGCUCGCCAUUGACGAGGCGUACGAGCAUGACAUCGUCAGCACGGGGGCGGAAGCCGACCAACCCACGGGCUCCGCGGCCGGCCAGCUCAACGCGGCCAACCUGCACAAGUACCUGGCCAAGCUGAUGUACCGGCGGCGCAGCGACUUCGACCCGCUGUGGAACCAGGUGCUGGUGGCGGGGUUCGACGCGCAGGCGAAGCCGUUCCUGGCGUCGGUGGACCUGCGCGGGACGACGUUCACGUCCCCCUCGCUGGCGACCGGGUUCGGCGCGAUGCUGGCGCAGCCCAUUAUGCGGCGGUUCGCGGCGACCGAGGAGGACGCCGCGCGGCUGACGCGCGACGAGGCCGUCAACGUGGUGAAGGAGUGUAUGAAAGUGCUCUUUUACCGCGACGCCCGCUCCCUGGACCGCUAUAGCAUUGCGGUUGUUACCAAGGAUGGGGUGGAGCUGAGCGAGGACGAGCAGCUGGAGAAGCAGAGCUGGGCGUUUGCGGAGCGGAUCCGUGGGUAUGGCACGCAGGUUGUGUAA